AUGACCACCCAAUUGCAAACAGAAUCACCCUUAACGACAUCAUCGUCCUGGAUAGACGAUGCAGAAUUCCUCUGCUUCAGCCCGAACUUUGCUCACUACGAGCCUCCCUCCACGAGCCCGAAAGCCCAUAAAUGGCAGCGGGUCCCAAUGCAAUAUGAGCACGAAAUGUACCUCCAACUCACAGCGGGCGACGACGGCAUCAUUGAGAAAACGGCAAACCAGCUCUAUCUGGAGGAACGACGACGCCGCCUACAUUCUCGAUCUCAAGACCCGGCCGUCUCCGGCCCGCAAGAAAACUCCCCGAGCCCUAUAGACUUUGAAUGUGCCGAGAUGGAGCGGAUACGAGCUGUUGAGCGCCAGCGUGGGGGGCCCGUGCGAUCCGCUUCGACUGUACACCCGUCGUCGUCGACGACGACGACGACGACGACUACGACUACGACUACGACUACGACUACGACUACGACUACGACUACGACUACGACUACGAGUACGAGUACGACUGAGCAAAGUAGUCCGCAGGACUCGUCGGAGCCGAGAACGAUGGCGACGAUGAUGACGAGGGAUGACUGGCUCUUUUGCAUUUGA